AUGCCGGCAACGAAACAAUUUCCCACGAAGCUUGUCCAUACUCUCAAAACGCACAAUGGACCGGUAAAUGCGGUGACUUUCUCUAGCUAUCCAGGCACAUAUGUCCUCACCGGUUCCUCUGAUCGCGCCAUUCACCUCUCGCGUGCCAUCCCGAACAACAGCUCUACUACUGGUCAUGAGACGACUUCCCCGAUCCAAAAAUAUGAGGCGCACGGGUACUCAGUCCUGGACGUGGCUGUCGCAGCAGACAAUGCGCGAUUUACAAGCGUCGGCGGAGACCGCCAGGUAUUUUUGUGGGACGUCGAACAAGGGAUAACUACACGGCGAUGGGCCGGACAUAACGCCAGGGUCGAGGCCGUACAGUUCGCUGGCGAGGGCGAUUCCGUGGUGGCAUCUGGCAGCGCAGACACAACCAUUAAUCUGUGGGACACCCGGUCCAAAUCGCACAAGCCUAUCCAGACCCUCACCGAGGCCGGCGAUACCGUCUCCUCGCUACACGUACACAUGCCGACGUAUUCCAUCGCAAGUGGAAGCUACGAUGGCCGCGCUCGUGUCUACGAUGUCCGCAUGGGCCGGACAACUGUUGACGUCCUUGCUCACCCCGUGACGAGUAUCCGGUGCUCUGCGGACGGCAAUGCCCUGCUGGUUUCUACACUCGACAGCCGGAUCCGGAUGCUGGACCGGGCUGACGGCAAGCUGCUCAAGGCUUUUGGGGGCGAGGAGGGUCUCGAGCAAAGCACUACUGGUGCCAGGGUAACGUAUCGCAAUAGCGAACUUAGGAUUCGGUCUGUUUUUGCCAAGGGAGACGCUGUCGUUCUCAGUGGCAGUGAGUCGGAGAAAGGCGAUCUGUCGCCGCAGGCUCAUGUUUUUGCUUGGGAUGUGCUCAGUGGAGAGGUUAUUGCGACUGUCCCGGCGGGGAACGGAGUGAAGGUUGUUAGCUGCGUAGCGUGGAAUGAGAAAGGAGGCUGCUGGGCUGGGGGUUGCUCCGAUGAUCCACCGAAGCCAUCCUCCAAGGGCACCAGUUCCAGACGCCGGCCGCACACCAAACAAAUCAACAAGGCGAGCUGCAAGGUCAACCGGCAGUCCAUCCCCGCGCACAGAAACGCCCAGAACUUCAUGCAAUACAAACCCCUUUCGGACCAUGCAGCCAAACACCGUAGUCUGCGCAACCUCUGUCCCGCGCGCAAUCAGCCCUCAGCUCAACGUCCACAUUGCAAACAGAGCUACAUGGACCUGUCGACCUGGCCAGCUGCUAUUGGACCACUGACCCGCGGGCGCAUAUCGCUGCAUGGUGCAUAG